AUGUCCCAUCGUCAUAAAGGCCACGCUACCUCUGCUGCGACCGCGAACGCCUCGAAUGCCCAGAAUAAUGGUCAGACUGCCAUAUGGUUCCAGAAGUUUGCACCCUUCGUAUAUGACACAAGCGCCAGCACCUGGAGUAACUUCGAUCGUCUCGCCUCAAAGCGCAACUGGGGUGAUAAACUCCGAAGAAAGCAGUGGACCAAUUUUCAAGUGGUCUUAGUGGCGUCAAACCAUGCUGACGCGGACGAUGAUGCUCAUACCGACACCCCAACCCAGGGCGGCGCAUGGUUCCAGCAGUUCGAAAAUUUCGUACACGAUCCAACGGUCGGAAUCAGGAGCAAUUUCGAGCGUCUAGCAGCACAACGCAGCUGGGGCAACAGACUGAAGCAGAGGCGUUGGGCUGAAUGUCAGGAGGAGGAAUUCGGCUAUGCAUAUGGAACGAAUACAACAAAGCUAGAGAUCUGGCAGAGGCUAUGUCGUGAGGUGCACAUCAGCGAUCCACCAGACAGUAUAACACAGUGUAGACAGGUAAGGAGAGUUGUAAGCGAUGCAAAGUCUGCUGCUAACCGUGGGGAGGUGCUUGGCAGCCGAAACGUCCUGGUCAAUCUGAUGAACCUUAUUGACCAUCGUAACAUCGGCGUGGAAGUGAUCCGAUUCCAAAACUACUCCAAGUUCCGAGCGUACACAUGUCCGAAAAGGGUGUUUCCUUUGAGGAAGGCGAAGGAAGAUGGCUUCAUCAAGGCGUUGUUAAGGAAGUUGUGA